AUGAAGUAUACAGUAGGUUUCUUUUUAAAAAGUCAAUACGAUUUCUAUAACAACAGAUCUAUCAUAAACCCUACGUUCCGCGCUCGAUUUCCUUGGACUUCUUAUUCUUUUUAUCUAGAUCUUGGUCUUUUCGUCUCUGUCACGCCAUCUUGUUCAAUCGAUCUUUUUCACUUUACCUUUGCUUUUCUAUCUUGGUCUCACCAUCUCUAUCUGUGUCUCUCUAUCUUGGUCUCUCCAUCAGUGUCUCUCCAUCUGUGUCACUCAAUCUUGCCCUAUCUUUCUCACUCUAUCUUCGCCUCUCCGUCUAUGUCUCUAUCUUGGUCUCUCCACCUUAGUCCUUAUCUUUAUCGUUCUAUCCUGGUCUCUCCAUCUGCGUCACUCUAUUUUGGUCUCCUUAUCUUUGCUUCUCUCUCUCCCUCUCUUAGUUGCUUCAUUUUCACCUUUCUAGAUAUCUCUAUGCUUGUCUCUCUAUCUUGUUCUAUCCUUCUAUGUUCGUCUGUCCUACUCUCUUCAUAUUUGUCUUUCUUUAUCUUGAUCUCCCUACCUUUUGUUCACUCUCUCUCUCUCUCUCUCUUGAUCUCGCCGUUUUUGCUUCACCAUCUUCUUCUGUUUAUCUUGAUCUUUGUACCUCUCUCUUCAUCUCCCCAUCUUUUCUCUCUUUCCGUCUUCGCCAUUUCAUUUUUCUCUAUAUAUAUUUGGCUCUCCUAUUAA